CACCUUCUUUUCUCACUGGGAACCAGCUUUCCUAAAGGCCCCUGUCCCAGACAAGCCUGGGUGCCUUUGGGAGUUAAUGAGCUCCCCUCUUUCGCCCCUUGGGCCUUGAUACUGCCUGGGGAACUCACACAAAUGGUGUGAAACUCGCCUCUUCUUUGUUUUCCUUUCUGACCUGGAGCUAUCCCAGACCCCUCACCUCCACCCGGACCCUGUUUAUUCAACUGGGAGAGAUUUAACCCCCAAGAACACUGCUCUCUCUCCAGGAGCCCCCUCCCUAAAUCUUCACAACCGUCCCACAUUCCCCCACCCCUGCAACGCCUGAAUAAUUGAUGAGUCAAGGCAGGGCUCAUAAAAGGGUCUCUGGGGGGGAAUAGCCCAGAGUGCUGCUGAAGGUUCUGAGGACGGGAAUAGCCCACAGUCGUCUGCCUUGGUGUCCCAAGGAUGGACCCUGCUGCCCCUGCUGCUGCUCCCCGGGGCCUGGCCCUGGCCCAAGCCCCCGCCCUAGCACAAAUCAAUGGACAAGAAGUUUCUGGGAAUGAAAGAGAAACUUGUCUUUGGAGACCCUGGCUGUCCUCCGUAAAUGACCAACCAAGGCAGGCUGCUGGUGGGGCAACGGCGGCUGGGGCCACCAAGGCUGAGUUCCAUCACCCUGUCAGGCUCUUCUGGCCUAAAUCCCGCUCCUUUGACUACCUGUACAGUGCUGGGGAGAUGUUACUACAGAAUUUCCCUGUCCAGGCCACCAUCAACUUAUAUGAGGAUUCCGACAGUGAAGAGGAUGAGGAGGACAAGGAGGAGGACAAAGAGGAGGAGGAGGAGGUCAAUGAAAUAGGGCCAGAAGGGUGUGCGAGGGUACCAGAGGCCACACCACACAAGGCCACAGCUCAUUCCCCUGACCAACCCCUGACCUGUCCAAACUGAAGCAGUCCCAGUUACACUUGACAGGUUUCCAAGGGCAUUGAUUAGCAAAGAGUCUCCAGACACAGAUUUUCUGGACUGAAACCAGUGUCCUCAAGCUGUCUAGCUUACCCUGGCUCCCCUGAUGGGCCUGCGAGUCUAGGCCUCUGGUAUGUUCCUGUCUGAGCUGUCCUUGUGCCAACAGUAGGAGAUUCCUCAGACCUGGAAGGAUAUCAGGAAGACUUGAUUUCUGAAGCCCUCAGGAAGUAGAGCAGGGCAGGAGAUGCCCUUGGACAAGAGAGCAGGCACUCCCCAGGGCCCUUUGAUCCCCUAGUUCUCAAAGGUAGCCAUGUGAGCCAGUCUCCGGGGGAGAGAGGCUGACUUCCAGAGACACCAACACCAGAUCCAAGCAAUACUGGGGCACCUUGAGGGAAGGGAAUGGAACGGAAUGGAACGGAAGGAGGCAUCUUGAGAAUCUGCUUGUCUGGGGACCUGCAUCCGCUUUGCCUGCUGUUCAUUCAGUCUGGGUAUUGGCAUGAGAUGAAUCAGGAGAAAAAUAAAUGGAAUGAUGUUUGCCUUUUUCUUGGAA